AUGGCUAAGAAGAACAACAAUGGACAACUAGAAGCUUCUGGAUCCAACCAUGGCGUUCUCGAUCCUUCUCUGGAUCCUUUGAGUCUGUAUUUCGUUCAUCCUGGAGAUGGUCCUUUAACAGUUUCAGUGUCGCCGAAGCUUACCAGUGCAAAUUACCAAAUGUGGACGCGAUCAAUGCGAAGAGCGUUGAGUGCGAAGAACAAGUUUCGAUUCGUUGACGGAAGCAUUCCAGUUCCAGAAGCGGAUCAUCCACUCUAUUUCGCAUGGGAAAGGUGCAAUAACCUAAUUCAUACCUGGAUUAUGAACUCUGUUUCUUCAUCAAUUGCACAAAACCUAGUUUACAUUGAAAAUGUGAUAGAUGUUUGGAAUGAGUUGAAAGAACGUUUUUCGCAAGUUGAUUUGAUUAGGAUUUCUGAGUUGCAAAGUGAAAUUUCGAAUUUGAGACAAGGAUCUUCAACUAUUACUGAUUUUUUCACUGAAUUGAAAACCUUAUGGGAAGAAAUUGAUGGAUUUAGACCUUUGCCUAUAUGCAUUUGCAAUGCUAGAUGUCCAUGUCAGGGUAAUGCUAAAAUUUACAAGGAUCAGGAUUACAUAAUUCGGUUUUUAACUGGUCUUAAUGAAGAAUUUGCUACUGUUAGAUCUCAGAUUCUCCUUAUGAAACCUUUACCUACAUUGAAUGAAGUGUUUUCUAUGGUGAUACAACAAAAGAGACAAUCUGGUGCUAGUUUAGGAAAUUCUGGUCAGAAUGUAGGAGAUGCAAGAUCUAUGUUGAAUGCAGUUGAUAAUAGGCAAGGAUAUGGUAGAGGAAGAGGUUAUCCUCAAGGAAAUCAAUAUAGUUUCUCAUCUGCUGCUAAUGCUAACAAAAAUAGGGGAUAUUAUUCAGGAUCUGGAUCUGGAUCUGGUAGAGGUACCAGAAUUUGUUCACACUGUGGGAGGAUAGGCCACACAAUUGAUAGCUGCUACAAGAUAUAUGGUCUUCCACCCUCUUUUAGGUCACAGAACAAUGGAUCUGUGAAUAAUUUUCAGACAGAGGAAGGUAACAAUGGAGAUCAUUUGUAUUGCAAUGAAGAUCCUCAGCAACCAGAAGUUCCUGUUUCUCAGUCUUCUCAUGUCUUGAAUGGCAAUAAUUCUCAUACAACAACUACAACAUUUGUUCCAGCACCAACCUUUACAACAGAACAAUAUCAGAAACUUCUUAAUUUGAUUCAAGGAACUGCAGACACACAAUCUGUUAGUUCAUCUCACAUUAAUCAGCUAAGAAUUCAUGAAGGACCACAUCAGAUCAAUCAGAUUCAUCCACAUCAUGGUACUACUUCCAAAGGGAAAUGUACAACAAUUGUCUUAUCUUAUUAUCCACCUCCUCUACCAAAAGCUUGCAGUGAAUGGAUAUUAGAUUCAGGAGCCACAGUACAUGUGUGUUCCAGACUUGAGCUUUUUCAUACUUUCUUCAAAAUAAAUCCUAUGAGUGUUCAACUUCCAAAUGGUAACACAGUGAAGGCUCAAUUGGCUGGAACUGUCAUUUUUACACCCUUGUUAUCUUUGAUUAAUGUCCUUUAUGUUCCAGAUUUUAGCUUCAAUAUUAUUUCUACUUCAAAGCUAUGUGAACAUUUAUCCUGUGUUGUUCUAUCUUAUUCCACACAUUCCUUGAUACAGGAUCUCAACUCCUAG